UCCUCGAAGCCUCGAAAUUAGGGUUUCGAUUACGAAAGACCGGCACUGUUCACGAGUCUCGGCACACCUGCCGAGGUCGCGGACCGGAAUUGAGCGGAGCCAUGAAUCAGGGAGUACUUGGACACGUCAAUGCACUUGUCGCGAUGUCGACGUGCACCCUUCCGUCGUGGCUUGAUCGACCCAGGAGGCGAAUUCGGUGAAAAUCCCACGCCCUGAUGCUUUCAAGACCAUACAGCAAGUAAUCUCCUGCGGUGUUUUGGGAUUAGAGCUAAAUCCGUUCAUCUCCGAGUUCGUCUUAAGGGAUAAUCUCGGAAUGCGGGUCCUCCUCCGCUCAGCCGCCUAUCAAAUUUGGAGGUCGUGAUGCUCUUCACCGGAAUUGGAUCCACCGCAGCGUCGGCGAGGGCCCGCCAAUUUUCUUCAUGACGCUGUGCAACCCUUCAAUCAUCGCCACGUAGUUGAAUUAUUUUGCUUAUUCUUCUGCAGCGUCAUACGCAAGUCAGAUUGUGGGGCUACGAAGGCUCAACCGACCGCCUCCUGCCAGCGACCUCAAGCUUCGUCCGUUGGGCGCAGAUUACAUUGAUGAGCACCCACUGUUGGCGAGAAGCGGAGGAGAAGGUGAAGCGGGGGGAGAGCUCGGGAAGUCGGCGAACGAUUUAUGUGGAGAAAUGGAGGAGAUCGUUCCCCCUUCCGACCCUCCAGGAUCUCCAGAUUUGUAUUCGUCGAGGCUGUUUAUGAUGCGGUGAGGUGCGGAUGCAGGAGCACCAUGUUGGUGAAAUGUUAGUGGUGGUUGUGGGGUACAGUUACUGUCUCGAUUUCAGGCAGCGGUUGGAUUACUGUGGCGUCCGUGUUCUAAAGAUUUUGGUAAGGACAUGAGGUGUUGUAUGGAUACUUUGGAAACCGGCGAAUUUUUUCAUUCGUGCGGUGGAGAGGUACUUGUGUCAUGAGACGGAGUUGAGUGGACGCGGGGAUUGGAACGGUUUGCUGCGUUUUGAUUCACGAUCGUCGUUACGCUAUUAUGUCCUCACCCUUGCGUAGGUGUCGCUAGCUUCUUACGCAAUGAAUAAUACGAUGGCAGAUUCAAUGGGGAAUGAGGUGUACGAGCUCACAAACCUGCAGAUUAGAGAUAUGCAGUCUUAUGUCUCUAGGCUUUUUUUGCUGGUGGCGAAUGAGAACUCCAAAGUAGUUUUUUUAGUAGACAACGGACCUUGGACAUCACAGGAAAACCGCUUCAGGCCCACCGAACUCUGGCAGCUUAUGGUCACUCAAUCGAGAGUCUCUCCUUUUGCAAACCGUAGAAGAAAGUCAAGUGGGGAUCACAGCAGGGCUUAUAGCUCUGGCGCAUCGUCAAGUGCGCGUCGGAGCUCUGAAGGACGCUCGGAAAAGUUGUCCAGCUGGUCAAAUUUCAAAAGACUUCUGCAGCAGCAAUUCAAGGCCCUACCUCUUAUGAGGAAGUCUCCUGAGGGCUUUCAUGGUUGUGUAGCCUUUGAGGUGGAGUGGACUAAUGUGCGGGGAAUUAACUACAGCAAUGAGCUCCUGACAGAUACAUGCGUCGCUCUGGAAGUGAAGACGAUGGUCAAGAGAGAGUUCGACAGCCUGCAGCAGGCUCAAGCCUGGUACGCUUCGGAACGACUUAAGCUACGAGUAGCUAGUACUUCUUUUGCUGCUGGAGCUUCAGAAGGUGAUGGCUGUAUGGCAAAGCUUUCCACUUGUUUCUCGGAGGAGUGCUAUUGUAAUCUUGCUCCACCACGAUGGAGUUUGGAUGGCAGCGUCAGCACUGAUGAGUGUUCUGGGGAUUCUGACGUGACCGAAUCAGAUGGAAGUCCCGAGGACGACGCUAGUGAUUAUGGUACCGUGAAAUCGUUUGUGGCCGAUGUCUUUGAUUUCGAGGAAGAUUUGAGUGAAAAUUUUGUGGAUUUUUCGUCGCUUCCUUCGUUACCUCAGAAUACGUCAUGCCAAUAUCAGGACUCUUGGACUUGCUCCACGUGGUGUCCGGAGUCCCGAGAGAGGACUAGCGUUGAUGGCAACGAGCAACACUCCCUGGAUUCAGUGUGCAGUUUGCAGUUGCAAGAUCGAUACGAUGGCAUAGAAGAGUUUUUGGGUCACCAAGUGAACGACUGCACAUCUUCCUCAAAUAGUAUCGACAGCAUGGAGAAAAUUGGAAACAGCCGGGUACUAUUGCCUUUAGUAUCACAGGGCAGCUUUGACAUGGGUCGACCACCCGAAGUAGACUGUAAAGAUGCAGGUUGUAUGUUAGACAAGUGGUUUUGGGCAGAAGUGAAUGAGGUGCCUUCAAGUCACGCCGCAUCUCAUGUUCCCAUCGACUCUGAAGCAUACGGGGAUGUGCUCAUCGUAUUUAGGUUCAAGGACCCCAUGCUGCCAUUUGAGCUCCAAAAGAUUGUGACCGCUGACUCUGGAUUGCUGAAAAUGCUAGAGUCUGGAUUACCCUCUUGGGUGAUAUUCUUGCAGUCGUACCCAAUUUUCUGUCAACUGUAUCGCCCUUGGAUGCGGCCGCUCUGUGGAUCCAUAUACUUCAUAGUUUCUGUAGUGACAGUAUUGAUUGGGUUUUACGACUUGUACAAGAACGUCCCUAUCCUCAAAGCCACAGCAGCUCGUUUGUGUGGUCCCCUUUUUGAGUGGAUUGAAGCAUGGGAAAUGGUAUCUCGGUUGAAGUAUUUAGGGACCAUGCUGGUUCUACAAAAUUUUGAGAAAGCUUUUCGAUGGUUGCUCAUGGCUGUUCGAGCUGUCAGGCAAAUAUUUCAUUUAUUAACGCGACCUUUGGUAGAGCCCCUGACAGUGUUGGUUGAUGUGGUUCUUCCCGUCUGGAGCAUGUUGCUGGGAGUCCUUCUGGGUACUUGGAAUCUUAUAUCAGUGACCGUGUUCUCAGUCUUGCUCACUCUUGGCAACCUUCUGCAGUUAAUGGUUUGGCCCUUCUGUGUGCUGCUAAGCUCUAUUUGGAAUCUUGGAAUUUAUCCGAUUUUGGCGGCAGCAUGGGCGUUGGUGUGUUUGCCGCUGCAGAUUGUCCAUCUCAUCCUGAUACUUGCGGAAAAUGCAAUCGAUGGGCUUAUGGAUCUGGUGCAAUUUAUUUUUAGCAGCAUAUCUCCUGCUAUUUCAACUCUCAAGAGUGCCAAGGCUGCCACACCACCACCCUCAAUGUGGCGUGCUCUCUGGAAUGACCUUUUCUCCAAGGUCUUUCGUGCAGUCAGGAGCAUUUUGAACGGUUUGGUGGCAUUUUUAACUGCCUGUAAUCGGCAUCGCCUCAGUAUAUACAAUGAGGUGGUGGCUUGUGUUUUCCGUCUUGGGUAUAUGAUAAAUUCUGGUCGAAGUGUUGCUGUGAGGACUUGCCAACAUAUGUUUCCAGUGCAACAUUCGAAUGCUUUGGAGUCAAAGCAGAAGGUGGAAGGUCGUGAGGAAGAGCUCCGACGCAGUCAAGAAGUUUUGCGGUUAAGAAGGGGUGUGAUUGCGCAACCAUGAUGUGUAGAUAUCUGCAACAAUAAUUAUUUGGCCAUAUUUGGUCUGUGCAUACUCAGAAAAUCAAGAUGAGAAACGUGGCUUUUGUCAAUGUGAUAGGUAAAGGUAACAUACCGCGGAGUCCAAUUGUACUUAUAGUGUUGUUUACUGUCAAUAGUAAUUGGUAAUUCUGUCAAACCAUUUGUUUUCGGCAAGGGUCUAGUCGAUUCGCCUAGUAGUACUCGGCCGUAAAAUUUGGCGAAAAUCAUCUUAGCUGUGAUGGUUGUAGCCCCUCCACAAAAAUAGUCGGUGUUUCUGCAAAUAGCAUUGUGAUGUGGAAGUCAUGAUUUAAAGCAUCAUUGUGCAUGCAAAUUGUUCUUCUUUUA